CGAUGGACUUCCAGUAGCCGCACGGCCGCCGCCUUCUCCGCGCUCCCCUCGUCCUCCGCGCUCCUUUCCUCCCCCUCCCUCCCUUUGCUUUCUUCCUCCCAUCGUCAUCAUCACCAUCAUCUGCAGCAGCAGCAGCAGCAGCAGCAGUCCAGUGCCUCCCGGACCUAUGAAGAAAGCGCCCCCUCUCAUCCUCCCCAUCAGUCUGAUCAUCGGCACCACCCUGCCAGCCACGAUGGGUUGCAAGCGCCACGCUACCUUGUUGUCUUGAUAUCGAGAUAUUUCAAUCAUCAAAUAUGAAUCAUGCGUUUGAUAUUUCUGGACACUUUGCUCGUCAGCAUCCUCACGCUUUGGCUUCACGCAUCACCAGCGUCAUCCGCUUCUCACAGUGCAGAGGACAAGGUUGAGAGGGACGCAGUGCCGGUGAAGCAACAGGCGACUGCAGCACCCGUUUCGAAAAACACAGGCCACCAUGCAACCGAGCAGGUGAUCGCCUACCCAUCUCGCCUUAUCUACUACCUAAACGAGGACUCUGAGAGUGCCUAUCAUGACCUGGACACGCGGGCCAGGAGCCAAGCCGCAGAGGGUCAGGCGAUCCACCUUGCUCAGGUCAGCUUCCAACUCGAUGCUUUCGGCACCCGAUUUGUUCUGGAUCUAACCUUGAACAAUGACCUGCUCUCUUCAGAUUAUGUUGAGAUCCAUUACGAGGGGGAUAAACCCGUCCUAUCAAAGGGCGGCGAGCACUGUUACUACCACGGGCAGGUGAGAGGCAACGAUGACUCCCGCGUGGCCUUAUCUACCUGCAACGGGCUGCAUGGGAUGUUUGACGACGGAGCCUAUGUGUAUCUAAUCGAGCCACUGCAACAGACUCAUUCGCUCGACGGAGCUGGACGGCCUCACCAGCUCAGAAGAGCUGACUCGUUUCAGUGGAAAAAUGAGUCACAGCAACUGGCGGAGGAGGAGAGGCUCUUCUCGGAGCUGGAUGACUUGUCCUGGCUGAAGCGGCGGAAAAAGCGAGCCAUAUCUGUAUUUGAGGAGAUGAAAUACUUGGAGAUCAUGAUUGUCAGUGACCACAGUAUGUACAAACACAAAACCAAGCAGCACACCCGGAAUUUUGCCAAGUCUGUGGUGAAUCUUGUGGAUGCUGUCUUCAAAGAGCAGCUGCAAACACGUGUGGUGCUGGUUGCUUUGGAGAUCUGGACGGACAAAAAUCCGAUUCCGAUCAGCGUGAGGCCGCUGGAAAUGCUGCGUGAUUUUUCCAAGUACCGUCAGCAGAGCAUCAAGCACCAUGCAGACGCCGUACAUCUCUUCUCAAAUGUGACCUUUCACUAUCGCAGAAGCAGCGCAGCCUACUUUGGAGGCAUGUGUUCUGUGAGCCGGGGGGUUGGCGUCCAUGAGUACGGCAACACCUGGUCCAUGGCUGGCUCUUUAUCUCAGAGCCUGGCUCAGAACCUGGGCAUCCAAUGGGACCCUGCAUCAAAGAGAAAGGAAUGCGGUUGCACUGACUCGUGGACCGGCUGCAUAAUGGAGGACACUGGUGUCCAACACCCUCGGAAAUUCUCCAAAUGCAGCAUUUCCGACUACAAGGACUUCCUCCUUAAAGGCGGAGGCUCGUGUUUGUUUAAUAGGCCCACAAAGUUGUUCGAGGCCAACGAGUGCGGGAACGGAUUUGUGGAAGUGGGCGAAGACUGCGACUGCGGCGCGAGAGCUGAAUGCUACAAGGGAUGCUGCAAAAAGUGCUCGCUGGCCAACGGGGCGCACUGCAGCGACGGCCCCUGCUGCAAUACCACGUGCCUGUUCUUCCCACGAGGUUACAGUUGCCGCUAUGCUGUGAAUGACUGCGACAUUUCAGAAACUUGCUCCGGGGACUCUGGACAGUGCCCUCCCAACCUUCAUAAACAAGAUGGAUACCUCUGCCAGGUGAACCAGGGGCGGUGCUACACUGGAGAGUGUAAGACCAGAGAGAACCAAUGCAGAUACAUCUGGGGGCCAAAGGCCGGGGGCUCGGAGAAAUUCUGCUACGAGAAGUUAAACACCGAAGGCACGGAGAAAGGCAACUGCGGAAGGGACGGCGACAAAUGGAUCCAGUGCAGCAAACACGAUGUCUUCUGUGGUUAUCUCUUGUGCGCCAACAUCGGCCGCAACCCCCGCAUUGGAACAAUGAAAGGAGAAAUCACCCCCACCUCUUUCAACCAUCAAGGCAGGCUGAUAGAUUGCAGCGGUGGGCACGUUCUUUUGGACGACGAGACCGAUUUAGGCUACGUGGAUGACGGGAGUCCUUGUGGGCCGUCAAUGAUGUGCCUUGACCACAAGUGUCUGUCCAUCCAGUCGCUCAACAUUAGCACUUGCCCUAUCGGACCCAAUGGACAAGUUUGCUCCGCCCAUGGGGUGUGCAACAACGAAGCCACGUGUACUUGUGACACCACGUGGGCGGGGACAGACUGUAGUAUGCCCGACCCACCUAAAAUCCCAGAGACGACUCCAACUCAAGGGCCCAAGGGUCCUAGUGCCACCAAUCUAAUAAUAGGCUCCAUCGCCGGAGCCAUCCUUGUGGCCGCCAUAGUGCUGGGGGGGACUGGAUGGGGUUUUAAAAAUGUGAAGAAGCGGCGGUACGACCCCAACGCCGCAGCCAUUUAACACUGAAGGGCGCACGCCAUUCGCAGACGGACUCCCCCAAGGCUUCCUUAGUUGGCUACCUGACACCCAGACUGCACUUAUUCCUGCUGACUUUUUUGGCAUUAGAUUUACUUGAAUAAUAAUAAUAUAUAUAAAAAAAGAUAUAGUGGACAUUUUAACAAAUGCCAUGGUAGUGACAUUAAGCGCGUGCAACCUUUUAGCCUUUUCCACACCACUCAUCACUCGCAAGCCUGAUCCGUAGAAUGACAGAACUCCUCUGCCGCCGUCCGUUUCAGUGCCAGUGCACAGGUGCUCCGACACCUGGCAUGAUCUUCCGGCAUGAAGAGCACCUUUCCACGGGCUCUGCAUGGCUACGUAAGCUGUGAAUAUUCAGCAAAAACACAUCCUUCCAAAGAGAAAGGAAAGCAAUGCGGGAUGCCUCAUUCAAACUAUAACGACGUGACAGCGGACUGCAUGUCAAAAAAUUGUACAUAAUUUCAGCACAUCAGCUUUGAAAUGAUUUUCCACAGAUUUUUUUUCUUUUUUUUUUUUAAACAUUAGCAUGUUUUAUAGCAGGCUAUUAAAACACUAAUAAUGACGAUUUCGGGCCCAAAAAAAUGUAACUUCUGGAGCCUCGACGUGGGGUGUCUAAGAGAAGCAUGCCAGAGAUCAAAUGUGACGCGCGGUCCCGUCGUAGUAUUGACGUCGAAGAAAAAGCCAAAGAAGCAAUCACCGUGAACAUAUGGAUGUUGCACACGGAGCACUUUGCCCUCUGUCGUGUCCAGCCAGGGCUCACCCAUCCACCCCCCCACCACAUCCGGCUUUUACUCUCAUAGACUCUUAGUAGGAUUCAAGUCGACAGGAAACGCUGCAUGCAAUCACUACUCUAUAGUGGGCUUAUAAUAAUUCUAUAGGGGAGACCCCCAGGAUCUGUUAAGAAAAUAUGCUACAAAAAAAAGGUAAGGUGCAUGUCAACAACAAAACAUUUAACUUUUAUUUACUAUGCAAAGGAGAGAUAUUGCACAAAACAGGACAGACGUGGAAUUUGAAAAAAAAAAUGUUCCGCUAUUCAUCAAGUUCUAUUUGGCCGCUCCCUCGUCUUGUUUCAUUUUGCUUCAAAAGAGCACGAAUAACAAAAAAAAGACCCGAUUCAUAUUUACAAGCAAAUGAGAGCACUUAUGUAUGUGUGUUUGUGUGCGUGUGUCUCAUCUGAUGUUUUUAAUUCCAUUCACACUAAAUGGUGCCUGUACAUACCGAGGGAGGCCUCGUGCAGGGUUCUUCUUGUUGUCCUCUUCAGAUGGUGGUGGGUGUGUUGCCUCCACGUCUCAUCUGCUCUUCCACUGUCCUCUCUCACUGCAUCAUGUACUGUACACUUGGACUGGUCAAUAAACUACUGACUCCUUUUAA